AUGCAGAGAUUAAUUUUCAUCUUCCUCUCAAUACACACACCCACCUGGACGUUGCCAUUGGGUCCCCAGGAGGAAAGGUCCUCUGAAGAUCCCUGGUCGUUUAGCAAAGACAUCAUUGACUUGAGCGCCUAUGGCAGCGCCUUGCUUGGCAAGCCGGACCAGGAGCUAACGGGAGCUCUGGUAGGCAACUUUAGCGCUGACAUUGAAGUAAAUCCCGAGGAGCUGGGCAGCUAUCUUGAGGGUGAUAUUCUAGUGCCGCAGCCUGUAGUCACUAUGCGAAAUGGUAUAAUUACCCAGACCUCACGCUGGCCCAACGGCGUUGUGCCCUACAAGAUCGAAGGCGACUUCGACCACAUGGAAUUGUUCAUCAUCCAAGCUGCCAUGGUAGAGUACCACAGGCGCACAUGCAUCCGAUUUGUGCCAUAUAGCGGCGAGAGCGACUUCGUUUCUAUUUGGAACGACUUCUCGGGAUGCUGGUCUGCUGUGGGCCGCAUAGGCGGCGAGCAGAAAAUCAAUCUGCAGACACCUGGCUGUCUGAGACGGCGCGGCACAGUGAUUCACGAGCUGAUGCAUGCACUUGGAUUUCUGCACGAGCAAAGCCGCAAGGAGCGCGACGAGCAUGUGGUCAUUAAGUACGAGAAUAUACGCGUUCAAGCGCUGAGAAACUUUAGAAAGGUGGACAGCACCGAGGCUUUUGGAGUGCCCUACGAUUUCGAUAGCGUUAUGCACUACUCAGCCAGAGCCUUCUCAAGGAAUGGCGAACCGACUAUUGUGCCUAAGCAAGCAAAGGACACACUUCGAUUGGGCCAACGUCUAAGUUUUUCUAAUGGUGAUGUAGAGAAAAUAAAUAGGAUGUAUGAUUGCAGCUCCCGGAUCACAGUUCCGCCUACAAAAGAAAUUUCACUCGCCACACCCGAGCCAGAAAAUUCAAAGGCAACUACGAUCGACUCAAGCCUGGAUCCCAAUAGUUGGUUCAAUUUGCUUAUCAGCAGCUGGGGUCUAAAAGAAAAUGCAGGCUGAGACAGGAAUCGGAUA